CUGCCGCGGACCGGGGAGGAGCCCGAGCAGGCAGAGCGCUUCCCCGCGCGGCGACCACCCCAGGUCUUAAUGAAGUAGCCGACUGCGGAGGAAUCUGGCCGCGUAGAUAAAAAUGGCUUUCCACGUGGAAGGGCUGAUAGCCAUCAUCGUGUUCUACCUGCUGAUACUGCUGGUUGGAAUAUGGGCUGCCUGGCGAACCAAGAAAUUUGAAGAGCGCAGCGAAGCCAUCAUCGUCGGGGGCCGGGACAUCGGGCUGCUGGUCGGCGGGUUCACCAUGACAGCCACCUGGGUCGGAGGAGGAUACAUCAACGGGACAGCUGAAGCGGUUUACGUACCAGAUUAUGGGCUGGCGUGGGCCCAGGCACCAAUUGGCUAUUCACUCAGUCUGAUUUUAGGUGGUCUGUUCUUUGCGAAGCCUAUGCGUUCCAAGGGCUAUGUGACCAUGCUGGACCCGUUCCAGCAGAUCUACGGGAAGCGCAUGGGUGGGCUCCUGUUCAUCCCUGCGCUCAUGGGGGAGAUGUUCUGGGCUGCGGCGAUCUUCUCUGCCCUAGGAGCCACCAUCAGCGUGAUCAUCGACAUUGACAUGCACGCCUCUGUCAUCGUCUCCGCCCUCAUCGCCACGCUCUACACCCUGGUGGGCGGCCUCUACUCCGUGGCCUACACCGAUGUCGUUCAGCUCUUCUGCAUUUUCAUAGGCCUGUGGAUCAGCGUCCCCUUUGCGCUGUCGCAUCCUGCCGUCGCCGACAUCGGGUUCACUGCUGUGCAUGCCAAGUAUCAGGAGCCUUGGCUGGGAACCAUUGAAUCAUUUGAGGGCUACACUUGGCUCGAUAGUUUUCUGUUGUUG